GCUAUUUUUAUUGGACGCGAAUCACAUGUGUGUUUAGUGAAGCUAAAAGUUAUUUUUCCAACAAUUAUUUUAAACUUUUGGUAAAAUGGGAGAUAAAAUUCGCAUUGACCAAAAAAAAUACGAUGAUGCUGACGAUUAUGAACCUACAGACUCUGAAGCGGAGUAUAGUGAGGAUGAUAAAGAAUUGUUGCGCCAAGUUCGAAAAGGUCGUAAACAUGAGGUUGAUAGCAAAGAAAACGAAUUGAUGGCAUUCGAUGAAAGUGAUGAUGAGGACGAUGAUGAUGAUGUGGGCGCUUUAAUGCGGAAUAGCGAUAUAGAGGGCGCCGAGAGUGAUGAUGACUUACCCGAUACCACAGAUUGGGGCGAUAAGAGCCGAAAUUAUUACAAUACCGAUUUUGUGGAUCCUGAUUAUGGCACAUAUACUGCGGAACAAGAGGAGAUGGCCAAGGAAGAGGAAGAGGAAGCGAAAAAAAUACAAAUGCGUUUAGCGAAACAAAUGAAAGAAGAGGACUUUUUAUUGGAUGACACACUUAUUUCUGCCGUUAAACCUAAGCCAAAAAAUCUAAAAGUGGAAACUGCAGCGACCGAACCAAUUGAAGUUAAAGCUGAUCUUGCUGGUAUUACAAAGCGAGAUAAAUUAAGAUUAUUUCAAGAAGACUCACCAGAGUUUGCACCACUUGUGGACGAUUUUGAAAAGUAUGUGAAAGAAGUGGAACAGAUUAUAGCACCCGUUAUGCUGUACGUGCGUCAAAACAAUGUGCCAAAGAUACCUGCUUUACAAUUUGCAGAGCUCUAUCAAAAUAUAGCGCUCAGUUAUUGUUCCAACGUAACAUUUUACUUGCUUUUGAAAGCUAAACGUAACGCGGUACGCAACCACCCAGUUACAAAACGUUUAUUACAAUUGAAAAAACUCAUCAAACAGUUGCAAGACAAAUACGAUAAUAUAAUACGGCCACAACUGGAGGCGUUAUUAGAGCGAAUUGUAGAUGGUGAUAAAUUCCAAGUAUUGGAUGUGAGGGAUAUCGCUGACAGAACGAAAUCUAAAAAGAAGACGAAAUUGGGUAUACUCGAAAAAUAUGAUGAGAAAAGUAAAGUUGAUGAGCAGUCUGAAGACAAAGAUGAUGAAGACAAUGAAGAUAUGGACCUUACUGAAGCGGAUCCAUAUGCGGAUGAGGAUACGCGUCGUGGCAUUACCUAUCAAAUUGCCAAAAACAAAGGUCUUACACCCGCGCGCAAGAAAGAGUUACGCAAUCCACGCGUCAAGCAUCGCAACAAGUUCCGCAAAGCUUUGGUACGACGCAAGGGUGCUGUUCGCACCGUACGCAAAGAAACAACACGGUAUGGUGGCGAAAUAUCCGGUAUCAAAGCGACGGUCAGCAAGAGUGUCAAAUUCAAAGUAUAAUAAUUUCAAAAAUUAUAUUCUUAAUUUUUUGUCGAGUAGAUAAUACGUGGAAAGUGUUGAUAUAAAACACAAAGUGAUUCAUACA